UUGGCGGGUGAAAACCCACAAAUGGUUUUGAUUGGUCAACGGGGGUAGCGUGAUCAUGCUGCACGCACAUGCGCAGAUCAUUUUCUUUCUGAUCCUCUGAGUCCGGAGGAAGGGCGGUCCUGUCGCUUCGGAUGUAUCUCCAAUCUGCGGGUAAAGUCGGCAACAAAGUUGUAGUCGAAGUAGCUGAGGAGGGUCGGAAAUGUCACCAAAUUGUCGCUAGGCGCUUUUUUGAAAAACAGUCGUUACGGGGGUCUGAAAAGUCGUUAUAAAUGGUGACAGAUUCGCUGAUCUGCUGCCCCCUUCUGGUUUUCAUGGGCUUCACAGGAGAAAAGGAGGUAAGUUUAAAAGCAAAAGGUGGGCUCGCGACCUCGCGUUUUCAGCAGGCUUCAGAACACGGAAGUGUGUCAUUCAUUACGCGCUAGCUUCUGAAGUAGAGAAAAUGACUGUAGUGAUAAUCAUCGCCAUUCUCCUCGCCUGCCUAACUACUUCUGGCUUUAACGAUCAUCUGAAGUUCACGGGUCAUGUGGGGGAGAACGUCACUCUGGCACUCCCACUGCCUUCCAGCGUGGUAGACUCCAUUUCACUGAAGAGAGAGAACUCCCCUAAGUUCGUCUUUUACUACAGAGAUGGGCACAAGACACACCGAGGAGACCAGGAUCCACAAUUCAUCGACCGAGUGAUCAGCAGCUGCCAGCCGACGAACAACACUGUCCUCGUGACCCUGCUGAAUGCGACCAAAAACGACUCUGGAGAGUACACUGUGAGGGUUACCUCUGGAGGAGAUAACUACAGAGAAAAUAUGACCCUGAUCAUUACAGACGCAGAACACUUUGGAGCAGUGGGAGUAACCGUUAUGGAGAUGAUGGAGAAAAUCGUGGUCGUGUUCGACGUCGUGCGCCUGGUCGUGUUCGCGGUCGUGGUGGUCCUGGUCGUGGUCGUGGUGAUGCAUAGAAGAAUAGGUGGUUAUGUCAGCAAGCUUUUCACAAGAAGAGCAUGCCGACCUGAGGAUCCUCAUCGACAGGGACCUUCUGUUUACCAACGGGUCUCCGGUUCUAAUCCGACUGUGUGA